AUGUCCAUCCUGCUCAUUGGCGAGACGGGUGUGGGUAAAGCAGCGUUUCUGGACCUCUUAGCGAACAUUGGCGAUGAGGUGGGCGGAUCCGUCGCUGGAAGUCAGACGAAGAAGCCGAUUCUGUAUCAGAUUGCUAGUGCAAAUGGUUGUCAAGUCCGCAUUCUCGACACACCAGGUCUUGCCAACGUCCGCGGUUAUGAGUGGGAUAGCAAACACAAAGCCUCCAUAGCGGAAGCCAUUCGGCGGGAGACGGAGACCAUCGACUCUGUCAUCAUUCUGGCCAAUGGAACGCAAGAGCGUUUGGGCAUUGCUACACAAUAUGCUCUGACCGUCAUUGCCCCUAUGUUCCCCCAUUCUAUCAUCGACAAUAUUGCCUUCGUCUUCACGAUGGUAUCGAACCCGUUUCAAUUCAACUUCCAACGCUCCGUUUUUCAACCCGAGCUUCGGGACGCUAAGAUAUGGGCCAUCGAAAACCCGCUGGCUCAAUGGUUCAAGUUCAAAGACUACGGCACCUGCGACGAAUAUCUUUUUCAAGACAUGCGAGAUACACUUUCUACCAGCUAUGUACAAGAAAGCGCUCAGAGCCAUGGAUAA